UUCCAUUAAAAUUAGCUCAAAACUUGAGCACACCUUGAGGAAAGCUGUUCAACGGUGUCAAUAAAGAACGUUCUAUUAAGGGAGGGUGUAUGAUCUAUUGAGAUAACGUGGUGAAGUUGGAAUCUUGACUAACUGUACAGCCGGUAAUUAAAACUUGCCCUCGGCGUUCUUCAAACCCUGCAAGUGGCGAUCGGUGGUGCUUUUGAAGUUGGAAUUGGUUACCCGGCCUUGAUUUGUCACACAUAAGUUUGAAUAAGCUGGUGUACUUCAAUUCAGUCCCUUCUCCAGUGAGUUUCGUGCAGCUAUUGUGAAUGAUCACCUCGGAAAGCAUGCCAGAAGCCUGAUUCUUGGAACAUGACUAUUUGGGACAUCAAACUUUGCGCAAUCUCUUUGUCUCUCUAGGAUAUUCGUAGCUCCUUGACUGCUCGAAAUUGACUUGUAUCCAUCUUUACUGCUUGAUUACAACGUAGUGACCGCGUCUGACUUAGUUCGGGUUGUGCGUGACGACGUUUCUCGGGAAUAGAUGAGAGGAGUAUGAGCACGACACUGCGAUUGAGCAUAUAAAAUAUAGGGUUUAUAAGUUUUGUGCGAGAGAGAGCGAGAGAGAGGGAAAGAGGGAGAAAGAUUUGUGAGGACACUAAUGCACACACACUCAACAAGCCUCAUGUGGUUUCAUCUACUGUGUGACUGCAAACAUAUUUGUAUGUUUCCUGGAGAAGAAGGUUCGUGAGCGAUUUCGGAUUAGACUGCCAGUAGAACUGGAAUUAUCUGAGCCACUGUUGCAAUUUGUCAUACAAUGGAGAUGAAACCUGAGCAGUAGGCCUUCGUACACGGCAGGGAUGGAGUCGACACCUCAUCGUGGAGGAGUGCCAGAUCCUAACGACGUAAACCUACUGUCACGAAGCUUCUCCAUGGACUUCGCCAGCAUGUUAGAAAGUACGGAUGGCGUCUUGCACCAGCAAAUUGACGAAUACCUUCAGGGACCAGCAGAUCACCACCAGUUUAAUCAUGAUGAUGGGACUGGUUUUUCAAUUCCUUACUCGGAACCCCUCUCGUUCGCUGCUGCAUCGCCACCUUUUCAGUCUAUUAUGUCUGUAGAGACACUUCAAGGGAGCAACGUCAUGAAGCAGAGCCUGGGGAGAAAUUCACAUCAUUGUGGUCCUGAAAUUCAGUCAAAAAUACAAUACGUGCAGAUGCUCCCGAUAUCGAUAGGAGCUGCUAACCUAUGCGCACCCCAUCAGCAGAUACAUGACAUGGGUUUUCUGGAACCCAGCAGCUUUGAAAGAGAACUCCAAGCGCCAGCUCAACCAGAUAUGUUCUACCAUUGCAGUUCUGAACCGGGUGCGGUCAUUCCUGGAGAAGUUUCGGGCUACGAGCAAUCCUGCUCCCCUGACAAUUUCAGGGGAACUACCUGUGAAUCAAUUGGCCCACAAUCAGAACUUGGAGCCGGGAAUCUGUUCCAGAAGGAUCAGGUGGUUAAGGGAAAACGACCUACUGAUGCAGUAGGGCAUAUCAUCAGAGAACGCCAGCGAAGGGACGACAUGACGAACAAAUUUCUGCUGCUGGAGUCUAUAUUACCACCUGCACCGAAGCGUGACAGGGCGACCGUGAUCAAGGAUUCAAUCCAGUAUGUGAAGAAUCUGCGUCAUCGGGUCAAGAACUUGCAUCAGAAGCGUUCCCAGAUGCGGUCCAAACUCACUAAUGUUUCAUUUCUCAGUCCUACCGCUAUCAUGCAGAAGAAAAACGAGAAAAAGUUAUUAACGCCCACCAACUCACAAGCAUUACUGCAAACUAGCGUCGCAAGCGACGACAUUGUUUCAUGUCCGAUUCAUUCGGAUGAAAUGGGAAAGACGACUGACAUUGAAAAAGUGAAGGUACAUGUAGACUUGCCGCACCAGGUUGUUAUCGAGAUGACAUGCCGACAGCAGCCUCGCGUUCAGAUUCGGUUACUGAAAACGUUGGAGUCCAUGGGGUUGGAUGUGUCGCGAUGCAGCGUUUCGAAAAUACGGAGCCAUCUCUUGUUCAGCAUUAUCGUGAAGCCACGCAUGAUGGCCGAGCCUCCACUUACCAGCAAGGACAUCGUACAAGCUCUGAAACUCGCCGUUGCACCGGCCGACUUGUAAACACAGACCUUUAUUCUGUCUGGCACGACCCAACCUUUUUCUCUGUAUAGUGCCGCCGGAUUGUAGACAGGGAGCUGGACAUGGAAGCCAUCUCUCUGGAUGUGGCAGAGUGAACAGACUGCAGACUGCAGACAUGAGAGCUCGGUGUUGUACACUAUAAACCAGUUUUCGAAGCUACUUGCAUCAGUGAGCACAGCGGUGUGUGCAAGGCCAAGUGUAAAUUUGAGCAAUAACUUGGAACGUGUUUCAUCCAAUAAACACACACACACACACACACACAUAUAUAUAUAUAUAUAUAUAUAUACAUAUAUAUACUUGGUUCC